UCUGUUAAACUGCCUGGAAUACUCAGCAUCCCAGCAAUGACAGGUUCGGGGGCUUACCUUGUAGGAACAUCUUUGGGAGGAAAAGACAGUGGAGUGUAAUAUCAGGAAAGAUUCUUCCUUGGGGGCUGUCUUGGAUUUUUGGGGUUGGGUGAGGAGGAGGAGACUUCCAGGGUUUUUUUGGGGGAACCACCAGCUAAGCACACACUUGCUGGGAAAGGUUAUGUGGGCGGAGAGCUCAAAUCAUGGCACUCUUUCCCAUGGGUGGUAAGGACUGGUGGCAGUAGUAGGAUCAUCUCGGAGACCCGAGGAGGCUUGGAGGUCACCCCUAGCCUCACGCUGGCGGGCCAGCUGUCCAGCUAGGGGUCUGCAAGGGGCCAUAACCUUUUAGGGUGAGGGGAGGAUGGCGUCUCCUUCCAAACAGGGCUCCCCCGGUGGGGCCGGAUUACUGCAAGGGAGUCGGACCCGGUCCUACGGCAGCCUGGUGAAGUCGGUCACCUCGCCAGCACGGGAGAGGCGUGUGGAGCAUCGUCUGGAACCCGGGGACACCCUUCAGGGGCUGGCGGUCAGGUACGGAGUCACGACGGAGCAGAUCAAGAGAGCAAACCGGCUUUAUACCAACGAGUCCAUCUUCUUCAAAAAGACUCUCUACAUCCCGGUGCCGGCGGAGCCCAAGCCGUUGUCCAAUGGAUUAAACCUUGAGGAGGAAGAGGAGGACGAAGCGAAGGAGGAGAAGGUGGACGAAGCGGCAGGGACAAGCAGCCCAGCCGCGCCCGCCAAGAAACAGAAGCAACCGCGGAAGAACGGCACCUCCGGCUCGGCCCCGAAACACGACCUGUCUGCUACCGACUUCCUCUUCAAAUUGGACUCCGAGAUCCGCCGCACCAAGCAGGCCGCUAAGAAACUCCGGGAGGUGGCUUCUGAGACGGCUCUCGAGCCAAGUGAGACGCCGUCCUCGUCCUCCUAUCAGAAUGAGCCUUCGCCGCCCGCCCAGCAGCGCGCCAUCCUCGGCCCUGUGCCUCUCACCAAGAUCGCCCACGCCGACUCCCUCCGCGACCAGGAGGACGAAAUCUUCAAGCUCUGAGGGCUGCCGCGGCCCUGCUAGCCAGCCCUGGGACCCCGGAGGCCGCUGACCCUCUUUUCCCGAGAGUCCCCGCCUCCCCGGUAUCUUCCCCUCCUCACAUCACCUUUCAGGAGGAGACCAUCCCUUGGCAGAGAGUCCAGGAGUUGGGAAACCUAUCUGGAGGAGGGACCUGUCCCUUCUGGGCUCCCAUAGACGGCCACGGCGGAAGCGGGAACCCGGUGUCAGAAGCGUCCAGCCGCUUUGCGUCUUUCGUCCGAAUUCCCCCCCUCCUCCCCUGCACCGAUUUUGUGUGCGCUGGAGAGAUUCUUUUCUCCGCGUUCGAUAUCGCUUACGCUUCUGUGUGUCUCCUGUCUCCCCCCCGUCCCCACGAUCUCUGUAUUUAUUGCCUCAAAUACUUUCUCGCCCUUAUCCGUUCCUCGAAAACUUUCCGCCGGGUUUGGUUGGCCGGACGGGAGAAAAACCCUCUCCGUUCCGCACGUCGGUUUUGUGCGGGCCCGCCACGGGCCGACCCCUGCAGCGUUCCGGGUGCGGCUGACCGUUUGGUGGCGGGCGGCGUCCCCUGGCUGUCAGAAUAAACCGCUGCAAUGCCCCCGUGUCUAUAUCCCUGUCAGGAGCCCCUCCGGCGUGGCGUGUACCACCUACCCUCUGAUUAAAGAACCGGCAGGCUUGGCUGACUUUC